GAGUUGUGCGUAAAAGUUUCGUCGUGCGUAAAAGUGAUAGCUGGCUUUCAAAAACAAGUUUAUUUAGACGCACAGAUAAAUACAUUCAGUGGACCCACGCACCAAAUACUAAAUAUAAUCAGAGUCGUGCGUAAAAGUGAUGAAAACUUACAAAAAGCUGUCCGAAACAGCUGAAAUAAAACCACAGAUGACGACAUUUGCUGGAUCCAAGCCCCAAAAACCAAAGUGCAAUAAACUUCACAAGUUCUCCUUUAGAAUUCAGUCCGUGUGGGCCCUGAACUCCCCAGAGUAAAUAAAUAAAAAAGCGAGCAAGGAUUUUCUGGACAGCUGAUAGCCACGUGGUCAGCAUGGGCCAGCAGCGCAGAUUGCGCAGCAUGCACAGCGUUCUGGCACGCGCUGGUCAUUUGCAUUUGUAUGGGGGACCGUGAUAAUAGAGGGCUUCUGUGCGCACAAUGGGGCCGUUUUAUGGCCAGCCUCUAGUCCACAGAUGGCAUCAUCCACCUGCCCUUUCUCUCUGCUGCAGCGGGGGGAGGGGGCGCUUCACACUUUCUCCGUGUUGCUGCUGAAAUACUGGCACCAAAAACUAAAAUCCAAGAAACUGUUCUGAAAGUUCUCUUUUUGUUGGAGCUUAAAUUUAAUGUUUUGAAGAUUGCUCGUGGUGCGCAAACUGAACUGUAAGUCGUUUUAGUGUCUCCAAAAAGGAACACUUAAAGAUUCUGCACGUUUCCAGAGUUCUUAUGAAUACAUAUAAAGGUGCAGUGAUGCUCCUCAUCAGUCUCUGCAUUUAAAUAACACCGGCUGUGUUUCUCUCAUUUGCACAAAAGUGCUGCACAGUAAUCAAACUUUUUUUUUUUUUUUUUUAAAUGAGGCUAUUUUUAGUUUCAGUCUGCAGGCUGCUGCGCUCAGAGGGGGAGCGUGCGUGGCUCCAUGACCCCCAUCAAUCUGCCACGAGCCGGGAGUGUGACAAUAGCAUUAUCAUACCAAUACACCAUUCAGCUGCGGCCAAUCAGGGCGCAGCGCUUUCACUGCGCCGCACGAGCUGCAGAGUAUAAAAGAGGGAGGCUGCAGGACUGAAAGCACUCUGCUCCCUUUCGGAUUUUACUCUCUGACCAAACUCUAAAGAUCUCCCUGUGCGGAAUAUCUUCAUCAUCUUCAUCAUGACUCUUGAGGAAGUUCUGAUCCAGAAACCCACCGAGCGUGCUCAGUGCACCGGCCAAGCCCUGGAGGAGGUCCUGGUGUCCGCUAAGGACAACGACUCCCUCACCGUUGGCGUCUACGAGUGCGCCAAAGUUAUGAAUCUUGACCCGGACAGUGUGUCCUUCUGCGUCCUGGCCAUGGAUGAGGAGUUUGAGUGUGACAUCGCUCUGCAGAUCCACUUCACCCUCAUCCAGUCCUUCUGCUUCGACAACGACAUCAGCAUCGUCAGAGUGAGCGACAUGCAGCGUCUGGCUGAGAUUGUUGGUGACAAGGCGGAGCAGCUUGAAGAUGCCCACUGUGUCCUCAUCACGAACCCAGCUGAUGGGUCUUGGGAGGACCCUGCUCUGGAGAAGCUGCACCUGUUCUGUGAGGAGAGCCGCCGUCUGAACGACUGGGUUCCUGAGAUCAGCCUCCCCGAGCGUUGAUCUGGGCCUCGGCUCCUCUCUUGCUCAAAAGCUGUGAAGCUUCUUACCUGGAAAUACUCAUCCUGAUGAAGAGGAUGAGCCUGUUUCUACUCAUCCCUGGACACUCCUGAGGAGGAUUCCCGUCCAGGCAGCACGGCGCCGGCCCGAGGGGCCUCCCCGUGAACCGUCGCCUCUUGUCCCGUCCAUGCCAAGAUGACUCUCAUUCUUUAUGUGAAUGAGGUCGGGUAUGCCACAAGAGCGACGCAUCGACCCUCAUUCUUUGUGCGGAUGAGGUUUGGAGAGGAAGGAGAUGCGAGUUGUGCCACAGAGCCAACGUCGCACGUUGAAAGCACGCGCAGCAGGAGAAGAAGCGGUGCUGAGGAAGAGGCGUUUUUGAAAAGGGACUUUUUGAAGACGUCCUCUUUGCUGAGCAACAUGACAACAGUUGCAAUCAGCGAAAAUGUUUCCCACUUUCCAGA